AUGUAUGUUGUGGAUUAUAGUGAGGAGAAUGAGGGUUACCGUUGUUUCCAGCCCGACCCGGGCAUUGGUACUGCUGCGCUAGGUGCUUGUGAGGCUGCUGCUCUAGGUGCCAGUGCGUCUGUGCUCUCAGGUACUGGUGAGACUGCGCUCUCAGGUACUGCGUCGUCCUCGUCCUCCCUCACUUUCACACUUGACUCCGGAGCUUCUCGCUCCUUCUUUCGAGACCGCACUACCCUUACGCCGCUCGGCCGGCCGGUUGCGGUCUCCCUUGCUGACCCCUCUGGGGGUCCUGUCCUGUCUCACUUCUCCACUGUCCUCCCGUGUCCGGCUGCCCCUUCGGGCACCCUGUCGGGUCUGUACCUUCCCUCGUUCUCUACGAACUUGGUGAGUGGAGCGGACCUGCAGGAUGUGGGGGUUCACCAGUUCACUCCUGCGAGUCAGCGGGUGACCCACUGCACGGAGGCACGCACAGGCCGACACCUGGCCACGUUCUCGCGUCGGCCGGGGUCGAGUCUCUACACCCUGACCGUUGAGUCUCCUCCUGUCCCUGCGUCUGGUCAGGUGGCUGCGUCGGGUCAGGUGCUUGCUGCUGCGUCCCGGUCAGGUCCUGAGUCUGCCCCCUGUUCUUGUCGCCUCCUGUCUCACGAGACUCUCCUGUGGCACCACCGUCUUGGCCACCCCUCCUUGCCCCGUCUUCGGAGCAUGGCUUCCCGUGUCCUUGUCUCUGGUCUUCCCCAGUCUCUCCCUCCUCUCCCCUCCGGGCCAGGACCUUCCUGUGUCCCCUGUGUCGAGGGUCGCCUCCGGGCUACUCCUCACUCCUCCCACUUCCCCCCGACAGAGGCUCCCCUGCAGACGCUUCACAUGGAUGUGUGGGGCCCAGCCCCCGUCCGUGGGCAGGGAUACGAGCGCUACUUCCUGUUGGUGGUUGACGACUACUCGCGUUACACCACAGUCCUCCCCUUGCGCAGCAAGGGUGCGGUCACUGAGGUGCUGAUCGACUGGAUCCGCGAGGCUCGUCUCCAGCUCAGGAAGAGCUUCGGCUCGGACUUUCUUGUUAUGCGUCUGCACUCGGACAGAGGCGGAGAGUUCUCUUCUCGCCUCCUGCGGGACUACUGUCGUGCGCGGGGGAUCCGCCAGACCUUCACGCUUCCGGACUCACCACAGCAAAAUGGGAUUGCUGAGCGCCGCAUUGGCAUGGUCAUGGAUGUCGCUCGUACGUCCAUGAUGCAUGCGGCUGCCCCCAAUUUUCUGUGGUCGUUUGCGGUGAGGUACGCGGCGCAUCAGCUCAACCUUCACCCCCGGGUCUCUCGGCCUGCGAUGUCCCCAGCCUUGCUGUGGACGGGGAAGGUUGGCGAUGCGUCUGUGUUCCGUGUCUGGGGAUCUCGGGCGUUUGUCCGCGACUUGUCUGCGGACAAGCUGUCCCCUCGUGCUGCUCCCUGUGUCUUCCUUGGCUUCCCCACUGACGCCCCAGGGUGGCAGUUUUACCACCCCUCCUCUCGUCGUGUUCUGUCCUCCCAGGACGUCACGUUCGACGAGUCAGUCCCCUUCUACCGUCUCUUCCCCUACCGCACUCCUUCCCUUCCCCCUCCCCCGGACUUCCUUGUGCCGGUAGACGCCGUUGACCCGAUCGAGGUUACUGGUGACUCUGGUGCUGCUGCGGGUGCUGAGCCUGGGGGUGCUGACUCUGGGGGUGCUGUGCGCGGGGGUGCUGAGCCUGGGGGUGCUACUGCUGGGGGUGCUGGGCCUGAGGGUGCUACUGCGGAGGGUGCGGAGCCUGGGGGUGCUGAGCGGGGGGGUGCUGUGCGUGGAGGUGCUGGGUCUGGGGGUGCUGGGUCGGGAGCUGCUGAGCCUGGGGGUGCUGAGCUGGGAGCUGCUGAGCCUGGGGGUGCUGCGUCUGGAGCUGCUGAGCCUGGGGUUUCUCCUGCUCCUGCGUCUCGCCGGGAGCCCCUCUCUCCACAGGAGCUGCGCGAGUGGUUCGCUCGCCGCUGGAGGCGUGCUGCUGAGUCUGGAGGUGCUGCUGGAGCUGGAGCUGGAGCUUCUUCGACUGUCGAGGGUGCGGGUGCUGCCGGUCCCGGAGCUGCUGGACCUGCGGGUCCUCCUGGAGCUGGAGCUGCUGAGGGCGCUGGUGCUGAGCCUACUGCUGUUGGUCCUGCCGCUGGAGGUGUGGGUGGCGCUGGUGCUGUCGCUGAGGGUGCUGGUGCUGUCCCUGCUGAGUCUGGAGCUGCCGCGCGGCCUCGGCCGUACUUCGUUCCGCUCUUGCAGCAGGUUCUUGGUCUUUCUCCUCCAGUAGAGGGUCCACCGCCUGUCCAGUCGCAGUCCCUGCUGGAGCCUUCCUCUCCACUGCCUGCUCCCUCUCCUUACACUGGUCCUACUGGAGGUCUUGCUGAGCGUCGUGAGCCUGCGUCUCGUCCCGCGUCGCCUGUUCGUGCUGCUCGCGCUAGUGGUCGCAGUUCGCGUCAGCGUCCUCCUCCUGUCCCUGGCACGCACCGGAUGUCUCUGCGUCCGUCCACUGCUCCUCUGCGUGCCCCUUUGCCUUCUCCUCCUGAGUCCUCUCUUCCUGCGCUUGCCGACCCUGAGUCGGACUCUCUUCGUGCUGCCAGUCCUACUGUCACGCGUCUACUUGCUACUGUCGUCACUGACCCCUCUUUUGAGUCCACUGCUGCGUCUGCUCUAGUCGCUGAGCUCGUCGACUUUGCUGCUCGCUGUCGUCUCGACUACGCUGCUAGUCUUGUUGCUGAGUCUGCGUCUGUCUGUCCUCCGUCCGUCGGGGGUGAGUGUGCUCUUGGCACGGACGUCCUAGAGGACAGGCAGGAGGAGUUACAGUGUCUAGCGGCUGCUUCACCUCAUCUCGCGUCUGUCCUGCUUGCCCCUGAGGGAGACCCGGAUGCACUAGACAUCCCGACUCCGCGUUCUUACGCGGAGGCCGUAGAGGGUCCCUACUCCUCUCAGUGGCAGGCAGCUAUGGAUGCAGAGAUGGCCUCCUGGAAGUCCACAGGCACCUACGUUGACGCGGUUCCCCCUCCUGGGGCGAACAUCGUCAGUGGCAUGUGGAUCUUCAGGGUGAAGCGGCCGCCGGGCUCUCCACCUGUCUUCAAGGCGCGGUACGUUGCUCGUGGCUUCAGUCAGCGGCAGGGAGUUGACUACUUUCAUACCUUCUCUCCCACCCCGAAGAUGACCACUCUUCGGGUGCUGCUGCACAUAGCUGCUCAGCGCGACUACGAGCUUCACUCUCUCGACUUCAGCACUGCGUUCCUGCAGGGUAGCCUGCACGAGGAGAUCUGGCUGCGUCGUCCACCUGGCUUCACUGGGACUUUCCCUCCUGGCACCCAGUGGAGCCUCCGACGGCCAGUCUACGGUCUCCGCCAGGCACCGCGUGAGUGGCACGACACACUGAGGACUACGCUUGCGGCUCUUGGGUUUGCUCCUUCUACUGCUGACCCGUCGCUGUUUCUUCGCACCGACACUUCCCUGCCGCCGUUCUACAUCCUCGUGUACGUCGACGACUUGGUCUUUGCCACAGCGGACACUGCUGGACUCGCCUACGUGAAGUCCGAGCUGCUGAAGAGACACACGUGCACAGACCUGGGUGAACUGCGCAGCUACCUUGGCUUGCAGAUCACUCGGGACAGAGCACGCCGCACCAUUACCUUGACUCAGUCACACAUGGUGCAGCAGGUCCUUCAGCGCUUCGGCUUCACGUACUCCUCGCCUCAGGCCACUCCUCUGCCUACUCGCCACUCACUCUCAGCUCUGCCUUCGGAUGAGUCCGUAGAGUCGAGUGGUCCGUAUGCAGAGCUUGUUGGCUGCCUCAUGUACCUGAUGACCUGCACACGACCUGACCUUGCAUACCCUCUGAGCAUUCUUGCACGCUAUGUUGCUCCUGGGAGACACCGACCAGAGCACAUGGCUGCAGCGAAGAGGGUAUUGCGCUACCUGUGCAGUACGUCGGGCAUGGGGCUAGUGCUUGGAGGGCGCAGUCCAGUGGUCCUUACCGGCCUUGCGGACGCUUCUUGGGCUGACGACCAGGCUACGCAGCGGUCGUCACAGGGUUACACCUUCAGCCUUGGUUCCGGCUCUGUCUCGUGGCGGUCUACUCGCUCGUCUUCGGUUCUCGGCUCCAGUUGUGAGGCUGAGAUCUACGCCGGGGCCAUGGCUGCACAGGAGCUUCGCUGGCUCACCUACCUGCUGACUGACCUUGGAGAGCCGCCUCGUUCUCCUCCAGUGCUGUACGUAGACAACAAGGCCAUGCUGGCCUUGUGUCGAGAGCAGCGCUUGGAGCACAGAACGAAGCACAUUGCUCUCCGCUACUUCCUUGCUCGUGAGCUGCAGCAGCGUGGUCAGUUGCGACUUGCGUACGUGGCCUCUGAGGCCAACACCGCUGAUGUGUUCACCAAGGCACUCGCGCCUUGUGACCAUCAGCGCUUUUGCACCCAGCUGGGUCUUGUGCCUGUCUUGCCUCACUUGCUCUCCUCUUGA